CGCGCCCGCGAGCCCCGGCGCGCGGAUGGUGCCGGUGCGGCUCGGGUGCUGAUCCGCCUGUCCCCUCCCCCUCUUCCCCUCCCCCACGCGGUGGUCUCCCCUUCGACCCCGGCCCCGGCAGAGCCAUGUCUCGGGGCGGCUCCUGCCCACACCUGUUGUGGGACGUGAGGAAAAGGUCCCUCGGGCUGGAGGACCCGUCCCGGCUGCGGAGCCGCUACCUGGGAAGAAGAGAAUUUAUCCAAAGAUUAAAACUUGAAGCAACUCUAAAUGUGCAUGAUGGCUGUGUUAAUACAAUCUGUUGGAAUGACACUGGAGAAUAUAUUUUAUCUGGCUCAGAUGACACCAAGUUAGUAAUUAGUAAUCCUUAUAGCAGAAAGGUUUUGACAACAAUUCGUUCAGGGCAUCGAGCAAAUAUAUUUAGUGCAAAGUUCUUACCGUGCACAAAUGAUAAGCAGAUUGUAUCCUGCUCUGGAGAUGGAGUAAUAUUUUACACCAAUGUUGAGCAAGAUGCGGAAAGUAAUAGACAAUGCCAAUUUACGUGCCAUUAUGGAACUACUUAUGAGAUUAUGACUGUACCAAAUGACCCUUAUACUUUUCUAUCUUGUGGUGAAGAUGGAACUGUUAGGUGGUUUGAUACACGCAUCAAAACUAGCUGCACAAAAGAAGAUUGCAAAGAUGACAUUUUGAUUAACUGUCGCCGUGCUGCCACCUCUGUAGCUAUUUGUCCACCAAUACCAUAUUAUCUUGCUGUAGGUUGUUCUGAUAGCUCAGUACGAAUAUAUGAUCGUCGAAUGCUGGGCACAAGAGCUACAGGGAAUUAUGCAGGGCGAGGAACUACUGGAAUGGUUGCCCGUUUUAUUCCUUCCCAUCUUAAUAAUAAAUCCUGCAGAGUGACAUCUCUGUGUUACAGUGAAGAUGGCCAAGAGAUUCUCGUUAGUUACUCUUCAGAUUACAUAUACCUUUUUGACCCAAAAGAUGACACAGCGCGAGAACUUAAGACUCCUUCUGCAGAAGAGAGAAGAGAAGAGUUACGACAGCCGCCAGUUAAGCGUUUGAGACUUCGUGGUGAUUGGUCAGAUACUGGACCCAGAGCAAGGCCUGAGAGUGAACGAGAACGAGAUGGAGAACAAAGUCCCAACGUGUCUUUGAUGCAGAGAAUGUCUGAUAUGUUAUCAAGAUGGUUUGAAGAAGCAAGUGAAGUUGCACAGAGUAAUAGAGGACGAGGAAGAUCUCGACCCAGAGGUGGAACAAGUCAGUCAGAUGUUUCAGCUGUUCCUACCGUCCCAUCAAGUCCUGAUUUGGAAGUGGGUGAAACUGCAAUGGAUGUAGAUGCUCCUUCUGAUCAGUUGCUUCAGCCAUCUACAUCUUCUACGGUAUCAGCUCCAGCUCACUUAACCUCAUCCUCCACAGGAAGCCCUCAUUCUGCUUCUUUGUUAUCAUCUCCAGACAGUGAACAGAGGCAGUCUGCUGAGGCUUCUGGGCACCAUACACAUCAUCAGUCUGAAUUUCUAAGGGGCCCUGAGAUAGCUUUACUCCGUAAGCGCCUGCAACAACUGAGGCUUAAGAAGGCCGAGCAGCAGAGGCAGCAGGAACUAGCUGCACGUGCCCAACAACAGGCUUCCACUUCUGAUCAGGCUUCACUUGAGGGCUCUUCACAGGACCCUCAUGCUGCAGAUUCUCCUUCUUCUGUGGUUAACAAACAGCUCGGAUCCAUGUCACUUGACGAGCAACAGGAUAACAAUAAUGAAAAGCUGAGCCCCAAACCAGGGACAGGUGAACCAGUUUUAAGUUUGCACUACAGCACAGAAGGAACAACUACAAGCACAAUAAAACUGAACUUUACAGAUGAAUGGAGCAGUACAGCCUCAAGUUCUAGAGGAAAUGGGAGCCAUUGCAAAUCUGAGGGUCAGGAGGAAUCCCUGGCCCCACAGAGCUCAGGGCCCUCACCAGAAGGAGAUAAUGAUACAACUUUUGAAGAAUCAACAGAACAUGUGACAAAAAGUCAAGAAGGCACAUCUGCAGAAAACCUAGAUGAGAACAGUACAGAUAAAGCACAAUCAGAUACAUUUACAGCUGAGCCAUUGGAUUCCAACUCAGGAGAAAGGAAUAACCUCAAUCUUGAUAGCCCCUGUGAGGUUCCAGAAGAAUCCUCUUUGUCUGAAAAAGGCAAGGAACCAGAAACUUCAGAUCAGACUAGCACUGAGAGUACUUCCAAUCCAAAUAACACCAAUGCUGAGCCUCAGGCCCAAACAGAAGCCAUCGAGCCUUCAGCUCAUGAGGAAACAUCAGCCAGGGACGCUGCUCUUCAGGACACAGAUGAUAGUGAUGAUGACCCAGUCCUGAUCCCAGGUGCAAGGUAUCGAGCAGGACCUGGUGAUAGACGCUCUGCUGUUGCCCGCAUUCAGGAGUUCUUCAGACGGAGAAAAGAAAGGAAAGAAAUGGAAGAAUUGGAUACUUUGAACAUUAGAAGGCCACUAGUAAAGAUGGUUUAUAAAGGCCAUCGCAACUCCAGGACAAUGAUAAAAGAAGCCAAUUUCUGGGGUGCUAACUUUGUCAUGAGCGGUUCUGACUGUGGCCAUAUCUUCAUCUGGGAUCGGCACACUGCUGAGCAUUUGAUGCUUCUGGAAGCCGAUAAUCACGUGGUAAACUGCCUACAGCCACAUCCCUUUGACCCAAUUCUAGCCUCAUCUGGUAUAGAUUAUGACAUAAAGAUCUGGUCACCACUAGAAGAGUCAAGGAUUUUUAACCGAAAACUUGCUGAUGAAGUUAUAACUCGAAACGAACUCAUGCUGGAAGAGACUAGAAAUACCAUUACAGUUCCAGCCUCUUUCAUGUUAAGGAUGUUGGCUUCACUGAAUCAUAUCCGAGCAGACCGGGUGGAGGGUGACAGAUCAGAAGGCUCUGGCCAGGAGAAUGAAAAUGAGGACGAGUAAUAACCACCUCUUUCGGCAAGCACUCAGAUGUUCUGAAAUUUGUAUAAGACAAUUUAUUAUAUUUUUUUUCUUUACAGAACUUUAGUGCAAUUUUAAGGUUAUGAUUUUUUGGAGUUUUUCCCCUUUUUGGGGAUAACCUAACAUUGGUUUGGAAUGAGUGUGUGCAUGAAUUUGGGAGAGUGUGUGUAAAACAAAACUAGCAAAAUGUUUUUAAAACCUUUUGCGUGUAUGAGAAGUGCUAGAAAAUGCAAAGUGCAAUAUUUCCCCUAACCUUCGGAUGUGGGAGCUUGGAUCAAUGUUGAAGAGUAAUUUCCAUUAUAGUGAAAAUGUUGGUUCAAAUAAAUUUCUACACUUGCCAUUUGCAUGUUUGUUACUUUCUGAUUAAAGAAGUUGGUUGUUUUAAGA